CCCUAACCUCACUUUAGUUUCAGUUUUGUGUUGUGAUGGAAGAGCCAAAACUCAACUUCCCCAAACCGAAACAUUGUUUUAUCAUUUUUUAAAAUUAUUUUGCAACAAUUUUAGCGAAUAAUCGAUGUUUUUUCAUAAAAAUUGAUGAUGUCGGUAACAUCACUUUCUGUACAUCAAUUACAAGACAAAAAUUAUUUUAAAAGACGAGUUAGGACAAUUUAAAUUUACAGAAUCCACAAAAACACUCAAUUGUGUUAAUUUAUAUUCAUUUUAGAUUUAUUUAACACACGAAAUUUUACGAAAAUUAAACAAUCUCUCUAUCGGUAACAUCACUUCCUAUGCACAAUGACAUUUCAGAAGAAAAAAAAUUAAUCAACGAAUUGGCAUCGAAAUUGGCACAAUCCAAACAUACAAAACCUUAAAUACAUCACAGUUUCAAUUUUACAAUUAUUUGUGGCCGUAAAAUUGUGAAUUUUGUGAUAAUUUUCCGUCGAUAAGAUCGCAUCCUGUACGUCAACGCGUGCCCUAACCUCACUUUAGUUUCAGUUUAGUGUUGUGAUGGAAGAGCCAAAACGCGACUUCCCCAAACCGAAACGUUCAAAAACCGAUCAUGUGAAAAACAUCGUUCAAUCCUACCUCCAAAAACGCAAUUACGCCCCCUUGGGAAUCGAAAAUUGCCAUCCGGACCAACACCUUACUUACUCCCUCAUCGAAAACGAAAUCAGUCGUCCAAACUCAAUCCUCUACAGUUGUUACAACAGUGAUUCGGUCGUAAUCGACCACAACUUUACCAAAUUCCUCACGUGGCUGAAAGACUGCAUAAAAACGAAAAAUUGCAACGAUUUGGAACACCUCAUCGCCCCCUUUUUCUGUCACUUAUAUCUCGACAUACUGAAAGGGGGCCACUCGGAUCGGGCCGCAAACUUCCUCAAAGCCCAUCUACUCGCCAUCGACAAGACAAAAUGCGACGAUUUCGUCAAAGAUUUACUCAAUUUAUUCGCAAACGAUUGUGACGCCACCUGCAUGAUUGAACAAUUCCGAAACAACAAAUAUUUCAUCGAAUUAUCACCACAAUCACUUGAUUUAUUAAAGAAAUUCGUUGGGGAGAAUUGCCACGUGGUGUUUUUACACGUGCUACAAACAUGGUUCGAUAUCAGAGAAAACGACGAGCAAGAUAAGGAAAUUAGGGGGGAAAUGGACGACAAGGGGGCCCCUCACAAUGGUGUUUGUCUCGACGACAAAUUCCGCAAGAUUCUCGACGCAAUCAACGACUUGGAAAAGGAACCAAAACAAAUUUUUAUUGCCAACAUUUCACACACAAAUGACCCCAUUUCGUGUGCGGUAAUUAAACGCAAUUGUGGUUUAAUUGCUUACAAUCAAAAUAAUGUCGUUCAUUUGCGACCGGUGCACUCAUUUGACCCCAUUUUGGGGCUCCAUGACUGCAAAGAAAUCAAAUUUUAUGAUCACACGAAACGGGUUUAUUCAAUCACAAUUUCGCCCGAUUGUAGUAAACUUGUGACAGGUUCAGAAGACUCAAAUUUGUGUCUUUAUGACUUGAAUGUGAUUAAGUUGAUUAGGAAUUGUGGGGGACACUUGGGCCCCAUUUAUUGUACUAGUAUUAGUAGUAAUAGUGUUUAUUGUGCAUCAGGAUCAUGUGAUACGACAGCCCGACUUUGGGACCUUGAAACGGGGCACAAUUUACGUGUCUUUGUGGGGCACACACAAGCCAUUACUUGUAUUGAUUUCCACCCAAAUUGUUUGUAUGUUGCGACAGGGGGGGCUGAUCGUAAUAUAAGACUUUGGAGUGUUGAUAAUGGAACUCCUUUGAGACUGUUUCACGGUUGUAAAGGUGUGGUUUAUGGGGUUGCAUUUAGCCCCCUUGGUGACACACUAGCAAGUGUCAGUGAUGAUAAAAAAAUCCGACUUUGGGAUAUUUUAAAUUCGAAAAUUAAUAACGAAAUCAAGCAAAAGGGGCUUCCGGGUACGAAACUAGUGUGGAGCAGUGACGGUAAACAAUUAUGUACGGGGGCUAUCGAUGGGGUUGUCCGUGUGUGGGAUUUGCGCCAAAUCGAUUCAAGUGAGCCCCAAAUUGGUUUAAACGUCAAUGGAAAAAUCCUACAUUUGGAGUACUCGUUCGAUACGUUCGCUUGUGUUACUUAACUUACCUGAGAAAUGUAUGGCAUUAGAUUGUUGGGGGUACCUGAGGGGUCUUCGCCGAUCAAGCCCGAAGUGUGCGCCCCCACGGGGUUAAAAUACCGCAAUAAAAUCACUUUCCAUUCCUGAAA